ACACUGGUCGUAAGUACACGUAUCCGUUGACCAAAAUUGAUUUAAUAGAAGGCAAUUAAAAACAUAUUGCAUUAUUAUCGCGGCGCUUGUUGAUUCUAAAAGUUUUCUUCGCGGAGAAACUUCUUAUUUAAAAUUUAGUAAAAAUAGAAUUUUUCUGAUAAGACAACCUAAAGAAUAUUUGUAUUGGUAUAAGGAUGCUGCUGCUUCGUUUAUCACUUGCUCUUUUACUACUUUUGAAUGUAGUUUUCUUGGCGUAUGCUAUUCCUAAACCUGACGAUGAGGAAAUUAUUGCUGGUGACACACUACACACUCCAUUAGAUCAUGAUUCAGAUGGUGAGAAACAUUUCGAAGGAGGUCAUCACAACAAACAAUAUGAUCACGAAGCAUUCUUGGGUGAAGAUGAAGCAAAAACAUUUGAUCAACUAUCGCCGGAAGAGAGUAAACGUCGUUUGGGACUUAUCGUUGAUCGCAUUGAUGAUGAUAAAGAUGGAUUUGUUACACUUUCCGAGCUGAAACGAUGGAUUGAAUACACCCAACGUCGUUACAUCGACGAAGAUGUUAACCGAACAUGGAGAAUGCACAAUCCAGAUAAUAAUGAUACAAUCAGUUGGGAAGUAUACCGAGAUAAUGUGUAUGGCUUUUUGGAUACCAUGGAUCAAGAAGAAAUUGAAAACGAUGAGCAUAGCUUGUCUUUUAAACGCUUACUAAAGCGCGAUCGGCGUCGAUGGGGUGUUGCUGAUAAAGACUUAGAUGAUAAACUAACACGUGAAGAAUUCACAGCAUUUUUACAUCCAGAAGAUCAUCCUACAAUGAAAGAUAUAGUACUAACUGAAACAAUUGAGGACAUUGAUAGCAACGGAGAUGGUAAAGUUAGCGUAGAUGAAUACAUUGCAGACAUGUACCGCAAUUCGGAACCCAACGACGAAGAACCUGAAUGGGUUAAAAGUGAAAGGGAAGGAUUUUCUAAAUUCCGUGAUAUAAAUGGUGACGGAUUUUUAGAUCGUGAGGAGGUACGCGCUUGGAUCGUACCGAAAGAUUUUGAUCACGCAGAGAGUGAAGCAAAGCAUCUAGUGUUUGAAGCCGAUAAUGAUGACGAUGAAAAACUAACAAAAGAAGAAAUUAUAGAAAAAUAUGACGUGUUCGUUGGUUCCCAGGCGACCGAUUUUGGGGAGGCGUUGGCGCGUCAUGAUGAAUUCUAGAUUAAAUAUAUCAACAGAUUUGAAAGCCACAAAGAACAAAUCCACAGUCUCGAAUUGAAAGAAUCAAUGUUUUAAAAUCUAAUUGUAGUACUAUAUUAGUAUAAAAGUUCUCUUGUGUUAACACUUGCCUUUUGUAACUCUUAAUAAUCUUAAAAAUUUAUAUACAUAAUUAAGUUUAACCGGCAUAAAAAGCUGUCAAAAGCGUGUGUUUAAGUCAGCUUGGCCACAAAUACCUUAUGUUACUUACCUGUGCCAAAAAUGUUCAUUAGAUGUACUAUAAUUCCUACUAAUAUUUACAUAUUCGUUGAUAACGAAAUCGAAAUUGUACAUUUACAUAAAUACAUCUAUAUACAUAUGGCCACACAAGUGAAAUCUACAAAGUUCUCCAAUUUUAUUUGAGAUGGACUGCACUUGUAAUAAAAGCCAAAUACAACCAUGAAAAGUUUGUUUUUUAAUUAUACCUUCUGUUUUUUUACGGAGAGAAGUGAAGCAUGUAAAUGCGUUCUACUGCAAAGGUCAGCAAUAUUUUAUAUGCCGGCCACUAUGUACUUACGAAAUUUUGAAAUCCUACAAACAAAAAUUACUGAAUAAAGUCACACAAAAAGUUCCAGAAUAGUCAAAUAAUUGUCGCGAUGGUUUAAUGGGGUUGAGAUAAGCAAAUGUGUCUAUUAUUUAACUUCCUCUAUGUAUGUAUUGUAUAUAACACCAUAUUUAUAUCAAUUGUGUGCUUAUGAACUGUUUAUAUGAUUUAAAAAACAUGUAUGUACAAAUAUGUAAGUAAUCAUAUGUUAUACAGUGUAUGUAUGUAU